AUGGAGUUAAUUCCUUUCACCAAAAGUAUGGCUUUUUCCUUUUGGCUCUUGUUUCUGUGUGCAGACAAUCCACUUUCUACUAGUUCACAGUCUACCAUGGAGGAUCAGAUUGAUGCCUUGUUACAGUUCAAGAAAAGCUUUUCACUCAAUGCCACAGCUUCUACCGAUCAUCUUUCUCAUCCAAAGACUGCUUCUUGGUCUUGGAGUAGUCUCGACCAAAAGAAUCGUAAAACUAGUAGUUGCUGUUUGUGGGAUGGUGUAAUGUGUGAUCAGAACACGGGCCUUGUAAUUGGGCUCGAUCUCAGCAGCAGUUUUCUUUACGGUUCAAUCAGCUCCAGCAGCAGUCUCUUCAGGCUUGUUCAUCUUCAAAUGCUUAAUCUUGCUGAUAACAACUUCAAUGAUUCUGAAAUUCCAUUCAGUAUUGGUAGUAGCCUCUCCAAUUUAAAAAGCCUGAAUCUUUCUAACUCGGGUUUUUCAGGGCAGGUCCCCAUUGAAAUCUCGCGGUUGACAAAUUUGUCUUUGCUGGACCUCUCGGGUAAUUCAUUAACGCUUCUUAAACCUGACUUACUUACCUUGGUUCAGAAUUUUGCAAACUUAAAACAACUUGUGUUGUCUGAAACAAACGUAAAUUCUGUUGUACCUGGCUCUCUGGCAAAUAUUACUUCUUUGACGAAUCUUCAAAUGGUGAGCUGCGGGCUAUAUGGAGAAUUUCCAAACCAAAUAUUCCUUCUUCCGUCGCUUCAAGUUCUUAGGUUGAGCCGAAACAAGAAUCUCACAGGCAGUUUCCCACGUUUUGAUUCACUUAGCCAGCUUCAGGAUAUUAGACUCCAAUUCACAAGUUUCAUGGGUAAAUUACCCGAAACAAUUGGAAAUCUCGCGUCCCUAAAGAUUCUAGCUUUGGGUGUAUCCGGCUUCUCGGGUCCACUUCCAGAUUCACUUGGUAACUUGACCGGUCUUUCUGUCCUGGAUUUGGCAUAUAACAGUUUCCAAGGCCAAAUUCCAAACUUAUCAGGUUUAACGCGACUGACACAUUUAAACCUCGAAGACAACCAGUUAAAGGGCGAGAUUCCUCCUUUAACAGGAAAUCUAUCGCAAUUGGCUCGUUUAUUUCUUAGAGAUAAUGAAUUGACAGGUGAAAUUCCUUCUUACUUGAUGAAUACAACACAAUUAACUCAUCUAGAUUUAUCGGGUAAUCAGUUGCGGGGCUCGAUUCCUAACUGGUUCUCUAGGCUGAUAAAUCUAGAGUCUCUACUCCUCGGUUUCAACAACUUCGCCGGUGAAACUGAGAUAGACACUUUUCUUGAGUUAAAGAAACUUCAAACGUUAGAGCUUUCAAACAACGGAAUAACAUUGCUCAAUGGAAGAAACAACAGCAGAAAAACGAAUGAGAGUUUUCCGGAUCUUAGUUACCUGGCUAUGGGAUCAUGUAAUUUGGAAGAGAUCCCAUAUUUUGUGAGAUAUCAAGACCAGUUGUCGACCUUAAAUCUCCGCGGAAACAAGAUUCAACAGUUACCCAAUUGGAUUUGGAACGUGAGUACAUCGACUCUUACGGUUCUGGACCUUUCGAGCAACUCUUUGAUGCACUUCUUAAAUGAGCGCUCUGAUGUCCUUCCAUGGUCAAACUUGCGCCAAAUGGAUAUUAGCAACAAUCAAGGGCUAUCUGGAUCAAUCCCAAUGCCAGCUCCAUUUAUGGUUCUGUAUCAAGCAUCGAACAACAACUUCACAGGGAGAAUCCCACCAGGGAUUUGUCAAGCAGACUCUCUACAAUGGCUUGAUCUGUCUGACAAUAACUUGAUCGGCGAGAUCCCACAAUGCUUGGGUAAUCUCAGCAGUUCUUCUCUCACGGUGUUGAACCUUGGCAGCAACAAUCUUGAGGGGAGUUUAUCUGUCGAGUUUUCCAAGGGAUGUAAAUUGAAGAUGAUUGAUUUCAGUCAUAAUCGUUUGCAGAGCUUUGUGCCAAGAUCAUUGGAAAACUGUUCAUUACUUGAGAUUCUUAACCUCGGGGAAAAUCUUAUAGAUGAUAUCUUCCCUUCAUGGCUUGGAGUUCUUCCUCUAUUGCAGAUCCUAAUUUUAAGAUCAAACAGAUUCCAUGGAAGUAUAACAGUUGCUGAUGAUGAUACCAUUACCAUUACCAAUACGCCUUUCACGAAUCUUCGUAUCAUUGACCUCUCUCACAAUGGUUUCACGGGUGCAUUGACAUCAGAAUUUUUCAGAAAUCUAACAUCAAUGAAGAACGACACAGGACAUGAGAUGAGAUACAUGGAGACAAUGAAUAUCGACGGGAUAAUAUUCAGUUGGUAUGAUUUUUCAAUAACCUUGACGAACAAAGGCGUAUUUACCUUGUAUGGAGACAUUCUGUACGAGCUCGUGGCCAUUGAUUUCUCGAGCAACAAUCUGGAAGGGGAGAUCCUUGAGACAAUUGGAAACCUGGAAAUGCUUAAACUACUAAACCUAUCGAACAAUGACCUGAAUGGUAUUAUCCCUGAAUCUUUAGGUAAGCUGAAGAACGUUGAAUCGCUAGAUCUAUCCAACAAUCAACUAACGGGAGAAAUCCCACAAAAACUGGUUUCACUUACUUCACUCUCUGUUUUGGAUUUGUCAAAUAACCAUCUCAGCGGACAAAUUCCUAGAGGGAAACAAUUCAACACAUUCCCGGUGGAUUCUUACAUUGGAAAUCCAGGAUUGUGUGGAGAACCCUUGUCAGUAAAAUGCGGAGAAGUGAAAACAACAGCAGCACCGCCGCCGCCGCCGUCGAAUGGUGGAGACGACGAUCUGUUGAUGUGGGUUAUUGUAAGCCUAGGAUAUGCAAGUGGGUUGGUGGUCGGUCUGGUCGGUGGUCAAUUUGUAAGCACGAGAUACGGAUUUAGGAGGAGAAAGAGAUGA